AUGCAAAAUAAAGAAAUUAUUAUCUUUUGUGUGAUUUUCUCGUUUUACGCUAGUGUAUAUGGUGCUAUUAAUAAUAUACUAUUUCAAUACGGAAUUGAUGAUGAGAAAAAGCACUACUUUGUCAAUCAUUUCAGUGGCACCGUUCUUCCAAACGAAAAAGUAAAAAAGGUUAUGUUGGAUCUACCUCCGUGCAGAGAAGUGGUGUACGCGCGAAUAGAGGUGAAGAACCCGUACGCCAUACCGCGCGUUGCGUAUGAAAGGUCAACGCGCAUGGUGAUCAUUGCGUACGCGCCGCAACAGAAUAGCCAAUCAACAUACCACAUUCAGAGUAAAUGCAACCAGAUCUUAGAUAAGAAUUUAAACCUACGAUUAAAUUUAAAUGUGCAAAAGGACGCGUUAUACAAAAGAGAUUACAAGCGUGUACGGUACAAGAUGCAUCCGCUGCGCGAGCGCGCAUGCGACGAGCUCCUGGAGCACCCGCUACUGCGCACGCCGCCGCCCGAACCGGAGCGACCGCGCCCACCGCGCGUGCGCAGGCCCCGCGUCUUCAAGCUGCCACCAAGAUUUCCGUUGCUCUCGAAGGAAUUCUACGCAAAAUGGUGUAAUCAUCAAAAAGAGCUCCAAAUGACGACGUACCGGGUCGACGACAGCCCUCCGGAGCUGUUCCCGGAGUUGUACCUAAAACCGCGGCGCCUGGACUACUACGCGCGUCAGCUGGAGGAGAACAUGAACGUCAACAAGGAGCUGCUCAAGAGGAUCAAUCUCAUACAGAGGACCGGGGGUUUCGUGGACUGCUGGAUUCACCCAGAACCCACCAACACGUACAACAAGUUGCUUUGCAAGCAGCGACAACGACACCUAAACGAAAUAAGACGGAACAAUCUCUAUUUCUAUUCCAGACUUCUCAUCGCAAGAUCUGAACAAUUACUAACGAAGGAGUUAGAUAAAUUGUGGAAAGACACCAAACACAAACUAAUAUUAGGAGCAUCGUUACCAUUUAUUUUAUUCAAAACUGAAAAGAUUGACCGUGAUAUAAAGGAUCCUGCAUUCGACAAACCUCCAGGUGUUUGUAGAAAUAAAGUAUCCAUGGAAAUUUGGGUUCUUGGUGGGUCCAAAAUCGGUAAAGUGAUAAUUGAAUUGUUCAAUGACUUGGUGCCCAGUACAUGUCAGCUGUUCCUGAGCCUAGUCAAAGGAGACGCAUCAGGACACGCUUAUACUGGAACUAGGUUUUUCAGGAUAGUGCCUAAUCUGUACUGCCGGGGCGGCGACGUCAACAAGGACAACGGGUUCGGCAUGUUCGUAUCUGAGGGCUGCGAGGAGCCGAUCACCGCCGAGAGCACAGAUCUGAAACACAGUGUACCGGGGGUAUUGUCUAUGGCGGUGACACCAGACGGGGAAGUGAGUGGUCAGUUCAACAUCAUAUUUAAACCACUACCACAAUUCGACGGAAAACACGUAGUCUUUGGUCGGAUAGUAGCUGGUCCGACGCAAGCUCUGGAGCGGAUCAGCGCGCUGGGACUGCCGCUGGGCACGACUACCUCCGACUGCAUGAUCCGCUACUGUGGCUGGUUCACGCGCGGGGGCGCCUACCGCGAGGGACAACCUAACACUAUCAAGUUCCCACCCAGGAGGAAGCAUAAGUCUUGA